AUGUUGCAGGGCGUGGCAGCGCGCCGCAGCGUGCUGGCGCGCGCGGAGGGCGUGAAGAAGCCCGCCUACGAGUUCGACACGGACAACCUCGUGAGCGACCUCAAGGAAAAGUGGGAUGCCCUGGAAGACAAGCCCACGGUCAUCACCUACGGCGCGGGGGCGCUUGUCGUCCUGUGGGUCGCAUCCGGCGUCGUAAGCGUCGUCAAUUCCAUCCCUCUGGUGCCCAAGGCGAUGGAGCUGGUUGGACUCGUGUACUCCGCGUGGUUCGUGUACAGAUACUUGCUCUUCAAGUCGAGCCGCGAGGAGCUUCUUGCCGACAUCGAAAGUCUGAAGGAAAAGAUCUCCGGGGAUUCGGGCACCUACUAG